CCCGUCAGCAGCGCGCAUUGGAGACAAAAAAAAAAGGCGCAGAUCACGGACAAAGGGAAUAUGUGAAUAUGUGAAUAUGGGUGCGCUGGAGAGGAUUCUGCUCAGCCGGGUAACACAAUGGAUGAGCCGCGUGUGUUUCAUUUACCGGGAGACCAAUUAGCCCACCUUAAUGAGGUGCUGGGAUGCAAGAUACUGCAAGCUAAAAAGGCGGAAGGCUGCGUUUAAUCCGUCUGCGGAUCCUACGAGCUUGCGAUGGCUGUGACGGGGAUAUGCCAGUGUAUAGGGAACAAUGUGCCUUUUUAUUUUGUGAUAUUUUCCUUAUUUUGUGGCCUUUCGUUCGGACAAUUGCGAUACUCGAUUUCGGAAGAACUAGAAAACGGGGCACAGGUCGGUGAUCUGGCGCAUGACUUGGGGUUGGAUAUCCGAAAGCUCGCCACUCGAAAAAUUAAGGUAACCUCCAACAGCGGUAAGCGCUACGUGAUUGUCAACCCCAAAAAUGGGAAACUACUUGUCAAUGAGAGGAUCGACAGGGAGGCGCUGUGCGAUCUAUCCAACACCUGUCUCAUUAAUCUGGAGGUGAUGGUCGAAAACCCCACUGAGGUGCACCACGUCGAGGUGGAGAUUGUGGACGCAAAUGACAAUGCGCCGCAGUUCCCCAGUGAGGAGUAUCAAGUGGAGAUCACGGAAUCUGCUUUACCGGGGUCUCGUUACCCGAUUGAAAACGCUCAGGACCCAGACAUCGGGUCCAACUCAGUCCGUAUGUAUCAGCUUAGCACAAACGACCAUUUCGCGCUGGUAUCGAACAAGCCCUCCCUAAACACAAAGCACAUCGAGCUGGUGCUCAAGAAGCCCGUUGAUCGUGAACAGACGCCUUACCACCAAUUAAUUCUAAGUGCUGUUGAUGGUGGGUCGCCAGAAAAAACAGGCACGGCCAAAAUCAAUAUCCGGGUCCUGGACUCAAAUGACAAUGUCCCCAUGUUCGACAGCUCAGUGUACAAGGUGAAACUGUUGGAAAAUUCGCCCAAAGACACCCUUGUGAUAAAACUGAAUGCGACGGAUCUGGAUGAGGGCACGAAUGGAGAGGUGUAUUACUCUUUCAGCAGCUACACUCCCGAGAGAGUGAGGCAGAUGUUCAGCAUGGACACCAACACGGGAGAAAUAAGGGUGAGGAGCAAUGUUGACUAUGAAGAGACCAACUCCUAUGAGAUGUACAUUCAGGCCAUGGACAAGGGCCCGGGGGCCGUGGCGGCACACUGCAAGGUAGUGGUAGAGGUGGUGGACGUGAACGACAACGUCCCGCAGAUAGUGCUCUCAUCUCUGUCCAGCCCUGUGAGGGAGGACGCCCGUGCAGACACAGUAGUGGCCCUCAUUAGCGUCACUGAUCGAGACUCGGGCGCCAACAAGCAGGUGAGCUUGGAGAUCCCAGCAGGCCUUCCUUUCAAGAUCAAGUCGUUCAGAAAUUACUACACUCUGGUUACCUCAGCCUUCCUGGACCGCGAGACCAUCGAUGCCUACAACGUCACUCUGAGUGCCACCGACGGAGGAAACCCUCCCCUUUCCUCCCAGAAGACCAUAAAGGUGGACGUGGCUGAUGUUAAUGACAACCCACCGCGAUUUGAACAGACCUCAUAUACCGUCUAUGUGACUGAGAACAAUGCCCCCGGGGCUUCUUUGUGUACUGUGAAAGCUCAAGACGCAGAUAUCAAAGAGAAUGCACGCAUCACCUACACAGUGCUCAACGACAACAACCAUGGCAUCCCUGUCACCUCGUAUGUGUCCGUGAAGGCCGACACAGGCGAGGCUUAUGCCCUGCGAGCCUUCGACUAUGAGUCACUGAGAGAGUUUCACUUCCAGGUCAAAGCCCAAGAUGGGGGCAUUCCUCCACUCAGCCGCGUUGCCACUGUCUACAUCUACAUAAUGGAUCAGAAUGACCACGCACCACUGAUAGUCAACCCUCCUGGCAACGGCACGCGCUCCUUGGAAACGGUACAAAAGAACGCAGAGCCCGGCGCCAUGGUGACCAAAGUAGUGGCGUACGACGCAGACGCUGGUCCAAAUGCCUGGCUGGUGUAUCUGCUGGAGACGGCCACCGACCUGGACUUGUUCAAGGUGCACGAGCACACCGGUGAGAUCAGGACCACUCGGAGGAUCCUGGAGGACAACUCCACCUCUUUUGCUCUAACCGUUUUGGUGAAGGACCAUGGGCAGCCCAGUCUCUCCUCCACCGCCACCAUCAACGUGGCUGUCAUGGAGGUGCCACCCAAAGUGGCCCCUGACCCCAAGAGGAUCAUCCGACCUCACAGCCCGCUGCUUUUCUCCAACGUGACCCUCUACCUGAUCGUGGCUUUGAGUGCUACCACCUUUGUUUUCCUGGUCACUGUGGUGGUGCUGGCCAUCGUCCGCUGCCAUGCCUACUGCACCCAACCCGGGUCCUGCUCCCCUUGCUGCGUGUCACAGAAGCCCCCUCCAGAUGGCGGGAGCAGCAGCGUGAGUGCCGGCGGGGGAGGUGGCGGCGCACCGGGGGCACAGCCUAAUAACAACGUGAUGCUUCGGAGAGACCUUAAAGUGGAGCCUCACUACAUCGAAGUGCGUGGGAACGGCUCCCUGACAAAGACGUACUGCUACAAGACCUGCCUGACCGCCACCUCUGGCAGUGACACGUUCAUGUUCUACAACACAGGACGUCCCAUCAGUGGCACCUGGGGCAGCGGUGCCGACCGCUUCUUCACGAGCGGAAGUGGAUUUGUACGCAGACUGAGUAUGCCCGAUGCCUCCAUGCAGCUCUGCCCAGAGCCGAAAGCCCCGAAUGCUGACUGGCGAUAUUCUGCAUCUUUGAGGACAGGGAUGCAGAGCUCGGUCCACAUGGAGGAAUCCUCUGUGAUGCAAGGAGCCCAGGGGAUGUUGGUCCAGAACUGGCCCACUGUGUCCAGCGCUGCAGAUGGAGACGGUGGUGAACUUUCACCCCCAGUGGGCGCUGGAGUCGACAGCAACAGCUGGCACUUCAGAUACGGCGCCGCCGGACAGGGCUACUGCCCUCCUCAGCCCCUGAAGCCCGGAGAGAUUCCCCCUGAAGCCUUCAUCAUCCCCGGAUCCCCAGCCAUCAUUUCCAUUCGCCAUGACGCCGGCCCUGUGGACGACAAGGGUGACUUCAUAAGCUUCGGCAAGAAGGAGGAGGCCAAGAAGAAGAAAAAGAAGAAGAAGGACAAGAAGGACAAGAAGGAUAAAGGAAAGGAUGACGGGGGGGAUGAUUAGAGGAGAAAGGGUGACUUGAAAACAGAGGUACCAACAAACUACCAUCCCAAUUACAGAGCCAGAAAAAAACAAAAGCCAAAUGCGUAUUGUAGAACCGGGGGAGCCUCCUUGCACCAUAUUUGCAUUGACAUUGUACAGUGGCCAAACCCUCAUUAGACGAGGCUUGGCUCUCCCGCACCAUGCAAACUUGCUAAAGAAAUGUUUCUCUCAUUCUUGGCUCAUUUGGCCCAUAACUUCCCAGCCUAUAAAAAGAAAAACAAAAGCUCCUAGUAGACAGACUUCAUUUAAACGUUGGACCAAAUUCAAACAGAAAAGGUUUUAUUGGAUACGAUUAGCUUUUCUGUGAUUUCUUGAACCCCCUUCCCCCCAGUUUGUAAUAUAAAAACAAAAACACCUGAGAAGGUGUACUAUUUGUAUCUGACCAUUGUCAGCUGAGGCUGCCUAUGUUGGCAUCUCUGUCUUUAUGCAGCCCCCCCCCCUUCUUUUGGCUCACCUCGCAGGUGAAGUGAAAGCCAAAUUCAAUAACAUGAAACAGAGGCUUUUGUCUUCAGUAUUACGGAGGCCUUGUAGAAAUUCAGAAAAUGUGGUCUUUUGUAAAAAAAAAAAUGAAUUAUAAAAAAUGAAAAAGUAACAGCAUACAGUAUAUUAUGUACCAUGAAAUUAGCACCUUUAAGAGAAAGAGGUGGCUGAGACGCACAGGACCACACUCGAAUAAAGAGCUCUGCUUCAGUGUAAUAUAGCACAUUAAUGAGGUUUCGGACCUGGACUGGGUUGCACCAACUAUGCGCAAGUUUGUUCCCAGGUUAGUGUAUAAAGUAGGGGCUUCAUAACUGCUAGUUAAUUUGCAAUUAGCAAGUUACUAAACUCGACUGUAACAUGGGUGGCAAUGGAGGAGUUCUACGGCUGUAACUAGUUCUAACAUUAAGAUUUCAGAUGAGUAGCCAAUUAGUAAAAGCAUUGACCACAUGGAUUUGUAGUUGACCAGAUUGGCACAACAAUUACAAUUGGUAAACAGAAUCCAUAUUUGACUCCUAAAGGACAAUACUAGUUUUUGCAUGUUUAAGUUCAUUCUCAACAAAUCUACAACAGCUACUUUACGUCACUGCUAAUAUUUUCCAAAGCAGAUCAUUGUGUGAUUGGAGGCAGCUGUCGUUAGCACAAAAAAUAAAUUAGCCAAGGCUUUUUCACGUUAAGAAAUCCAUCAAAGUGAACACAGAGUCUGGUUUUAUUGUGGUUUAAAUUACACUUUUAUCACACGAUAAUGUAGCUUAAGGGAAGGUUUACUUGAAAACCAUGCUGCAAUAUCACAGUUACACAGAAGUGAUGAAUUAUGUAGGUCAACCAAGUCUCAGAAUGUUGCCAGAUUCUGCUUCAAAGAAGACACACAUUCGAAAAUGGUGAUCUGUAAUUUGUAGAAAAUGGGCAGAAACAUCCCAAAUAAGUUAUAUAGUCCUUUAGGUUGCAAAAUGGCAUGGAAUUACAAAAAAAAAAACCUGUGUGUACAAGAAAAAUAAUCCUGCUUUUUUGUUAGUGAGUGCAACUGUGUAACUUUGUAUCAUUUGCACCUGCUUUAUUGCUUGCUUAACUAUUUAGUUGUUACUUAAGGUUACAUUGUAACAGAUUUUUUGUGGUGCUACCGCUUGUGUUUUAGCAAUGCGUGAAAUCGGGAUCAGUGGCUGCUUGGGAUAGAGCUAGGGAACCUACAUGCAGCUGAUGCAACCGGCCCCUGACCUUGCCUCUUCUCUUGGGACACGGCACAGAUCAAAGGGGUCUUAAUCCCACUGUGUAUCAGCACACCAAGUCUGACACACGCAUUCUUGUACACAAAAACUGACUCUCUCUUCCUCUUACACACACAGAGACAUACACAACAUGCCAACACACAAAGAUAUACUAAAACAAACACACCCCCUUUGUAUAGGCCGAAUCAAGGACGGAACUAUAGGCCGGUGCUGUCCUUAAUAUGGGAGUGUAUUAUAUGUCUGGGACGCAGGAACGUUGCUUGUUGCUUCAUUUCUGUUAAAGCCUGAUCCCUCUACUUCUGUCUUUGAAUGUUAAGUAGUUGUUCUUCAAGCCCUACACCACUGCCUCGACCGCUUCAGUGCUUGUAGGAUUCGCUUGCCCGCUGCCUGUUUUCCUCCCUCUACCCCCAUUUGCUUCAGAUCUACAUGGUCGGACAGCGUCUUUCAAGUCACUCUCCUGCGAUUAACUGUGCCGUCUUAACACGGUGACAUUUGUGUAUUUGCAUAUUUACGGAGAAAAUACACACAGACAUGCACAUACUAAACACAACACGCACACAUCUUUUGUUUCGGGUUUGCUUCAGCCAGAGCGUCUCCUCUGAUUGCCCAUUGUCGACAGCUCUGCCAUCUCUUGCGUGUUGCGCUGUAAGGACCUCUGACAAGUUAGCAAAAUCUGAGCUCGUGCUGUAGUGGAGAAAAUGAGACAAGAUGGAGAGGCAAAAGAAGAGUCAUUGUAGUAUAUUGUGCAGCUUCAACGUAGAAGAUGAAGAACAGCAGAGUUGGGUAGGUCAGUAGUCUUUUUGCAAUUUUGAGGUAUUGCAGUUUUUCCUGUGUCAGCCAUUAGUGGCCACUGAUCAACUUGGGUUGGCUAGAACCACUUACAAAAUAAGUAAAGGGUCAUUAAGCAGCGGGGAAAGGAGGUUGAUUUGUGGUUGACUUGGAGGGGGGGGGCGAAUAAGUCAAUAAUUACAGUUUGCAACACCUUAAAAUUAGACUUUUUGGGCUAAAUUGUUGCACAAAAACAUCAGAAAUAAUGCUUCUGGGACAUGCUGUAAGGGAAACAUGUACAUGUCGCAGUGACCCAAGUGUGAACUGUGCGAAAUUAUCAGCUGUAUAUGGCCUUGACCUUGUGAAGCCCAGGUGUAGCAUGGUAGAGAAAGGGUAUCUUGAGCAAUAGAUAUUGGAACGGAAUCAACAUGAUGAAAAGUCAUAAAGUGUCACCUCAAUCUUCCUUUUUUUUAGCCAGAACAUCCUCUUACCAGCCACAGUAGGGUUAUGUAGGUGCUGCCAUCAGGCUCGAUCCCUCCCAUGAACACGUGUCUUUCCCCCCAGCCCCCGUCCUUCAGGUGUACUUCUGUGCUGUCAGAUCACCAAGUGGCUGUUUGCAUGUUAUAAGCAAAGGAAACAGAUACUAUAUAGAUACUAUAUAUACAUAGAUAUGUUUUCCACUGAGAAACGCGUAUCGGAUUACAUAUACAUCUGAUACACGCUCUCAAAGACAAUACACACACAUUGGAAGUUCCACAGUCAUUCUCACACUCAUACAUACAUAAAUACAUACAUAUACGCUAUUGCGAACAGUAAUUUGUGGAAGAACCUAAAAGAAUCAAAUUUUUUAUCCUGUUGAAAUCUUCUAGAUAUACAUAAUGCUAUUGUGUUAUGAGAUGCUUUUUUUUCUGUUUGUACCCUUAUGAUUUUUAUAGAUAAGAAAAUCAAUCCUAAAGUUGUGUUUAUCUUUGAAAUGAUGAUCAAACAAACACUAUUGUGAAAUCAAAUCAUUUACUCACCCUCCAUAUCUAUCCCUUGAAAAAAAAAAGCGGAAAAAUAAAGAAAAAAAAUUAAAAAUAGAUAAAAUGGUAUAAAAAAUAAAAUUAGGUUGAUGUAUUCUCUGCUUGUGUAUAGUGAAUGUUCCUCAGUUGCUGGGCGUGGCAGCGAGAGGCACACACCAGUCGACUGUGACAGUGCAGAUCUGUUAAUAACUUUUUUGUACACCUGCUUAUCAUUGUAAAGGUGAUAAUAGUGAUUCUUAUGAUUUCAUCAAUCUGGUAAUGUGUUUUGUUAAUAAGUCACAAAUAAAGUUUUUCUUAAAUAUCUUAAUAUCUGAGCUGUGUUUGGACUUGAUUUUAACUAACAGUGCUGUUAAUACUAAUGAGAGAAGAGCUUCUUCUUUGUU